UAUCACGCAGAACAUCUACAGAAAACUUUGUAGAAUUUUCGGUAGUGAGUAACGAACCAUGCUGUUGUACACCGGCCUACUCUUCUUUCUUACGGAGUUCUGUCAAAGUGCCUCCGCAGAGGACCUCCUGAGCAAGCACCGAUUCCCUGACGACUUUCUCUUCGGGGUGGCUACCAGUGCUUACCAGAUUGAAGGCGGUCAGAAGGGCAACGGAUAUGGCAAAAAUAUCUGGGACUACUACAUGGAGACUUAUCCGGGAAAGUUUUAUAGUCCAGGGACUGCAAAGAUAGCGUGCGAUUCGUUUCAUAAGUUUAGGGAGGACGUGAAGCUCAUCAAGAACCUGGGGGUGCAAUUUUACAGGUUCUCGGUCUCUUGGGGCAGGGUUUUGCCCGAGGGAUACUCUCAUAAUAUCAAUAAAGAUGGUUUGAGAUACUACAACGACCUCAUCAACGAACUGUUGGCAAAUGGGAUUCGACCUAUGGUCACGAUGUACCACGGCGACCUACCCCUAGCCCUCCACGAACUGGGGGGAUGGACCAACCCUUACAUGGCCUAUUACUUCGAGGACUAUGCCAGAGUUCUCUACAGCUAUUUCGGGGAUAGGGUGAAGUAUUGGAUCACUUUUAAUGGGGCUUGUAUUGGUUACGGAGAUGACGGUUUUGUACCGUUUUUGAACCAGUCUGGUAUCGCAAACUACUUGUGUAAUCAAGUCCUCACUUUGGCCCACGCCAAGGCUUAUCAUUUGUAUGAUAAAGAGUUUAGGAUUCUGCAGAAAGGAAAAAUAGGAAUCGUUUUUUCUGGUAACUGGUAUGAACCUGGAAGCUUCGCUGUCGAUGACAUCGAAGCAGCCGAGAGAGCCAUGCAAUUUAAGGUGGGGAUCUACGCCAACCCGAUUUUCCACCCAGACGGGGAUUUUCCGAAACUCGUACGAGAGAGGGUGCACGACGUGAGCAGAAAGGAAGGGUACCUGCGAUCGAGGCUACCGGAAUUCUCUCGCGAGGAGGUGGAGUACGUGCAAGGCACAUACGAUUUUCUUGGUUUCAACUGUUACACCUCGUUCCUCGUGGAAAACGUUGCGGAAGACACUUCCGAGAAGACCUCCUUCCACAAGGACCUGAGGGUCAAGACGUACCAGGACAAGAGCUGGGAGAGGGGCAAGUCCAGUUGGCUGGGGAUUUAUCCAGAAGGUACGAGGAAAUUGUUGAAAUGGGUUAAAGAGAAUUAUGACGAUCCAGAAAUCAUUAUAACGGAAAAUGGAUUUUCCGACAAUGGAGAACUUAACGACGUAAAGAGAAUAAAAUAUUAUCAGAAAUACUUGAGCGCUAUCCUGGACUCCAUCCACGAGGACAAAGUCAACGUCAAGGGCUUCGCUGCGUGGAGUCUGCUGGACAAUUUCGAGUGGAUGGAAGGCUACAGCGAAAAAUUCGGGCUGUACCACGUGGACUUUUCUGACCCGGACAGGAAGAGGACGCCAAAAAAGUCGGUGCAGUGGUACAAGAAGGUGGUUAAGGAGAGGAGAAUUGUCGAAUUGGACGAAAUAUCAAGCAGAUUAAAGGGAGAUUUAUAGUAAUUUUUACCUGUCUAGAUUGUGUAAUAUAUUUUGAAUAAACUAUUUUUAUUA